UCUAGGCAGAAGAUUUUGAUGCUCUCAGAGUGUGCCAUUUUUGGUUCUGAUUGAUUUGCAUAGAUGUGCCAAGUCAAUUAUUAUUGCAGCUCCCGGUUUUCAACGCAAUUUUUUUUAAUUAUUGCAGCUAUUUAUGCCUAUCUGGUUCUUCAGUUGUGUUAUUUGAAUCUUUAUUUGCAAGCUAAUUUGGUUACUUUUGCAACGUGUUAAGGUAAUAAUGGUAACUUGAACAACGUGGGCAUGGCUAAGGCCAGGUGGCCAAACUAUGUUCAGAGCUAGUUUGGUAGUAGAGUUUCUUUUCUUCUGCAGUGAGAUCCUUAUGAAGAAUAACUUUCAGAGGAUAGUAUGGGGUGGUAAACAGAAGUGAGCAACUCGUGGUUCAUUUUAUCUAAUCAUUCUGUCAUUUCAGUAAAUUGGUGCAAAACUUAACAAUUUUCUCUGUAGCACUUUAUGCUCACGCAUUAUCUGAAAAUGUUAGAAUCCAAUUGUUUUUGCUGCCAUAGUCCCUUAUGGUAUAUGAUAUCCUGGUUGUUUUACAAGCCACCAGAGUCAUUUUCUGCUAGUUAGUGCAAAACAGACAAUAUAAAUUGGUAAUGCAAAUGUUUUUCUUUUUGCUCAGAACUAUUGCUUAGGACACAAUAUUAUGUUAGAGUGUCUGACAGAUUAAUAAGUGUUGAUAUGUUUCCCACAUUAGAUGUUGAUUCAACUACUAGAGGGAAAGUAGCAACUGUCCUCUCUGUCCAGGGGUCACUGUACUAGUUGUGUUUUAAACAUCAGUAUUUGUAUGCUCUACUAAGCUAUGUGAUUCUCUUGCGUAUUCAGUACCUAAGAGUUCUAUAUUCAGUAUAUUUUUUAUUUUUUCAGUAUUUUGCCAUCUUUUUAUGGUAUUUUGUAAUGCAGAAAUUCAUUUAUCUUUUUUCAUGAUGAUUUCUUUCUCGCGUCUGAUGUUUUUGCCUAGAAGAUGUUUACUCAAGUUUUGUGUCGACCAGUUAUGGAUGGAUCGCAAACAUCAUGAACCUUGAAUCCUUGAUACUCGCCCAUGCGUACCUUCUAAAACCUAGCAAGAUGUUGCUUUGUAUAAGAUGCUUGAUUUCUACCUUUCCCGUGUCAUUAUCCUUGGUCUUUCUUUCUCUGUUGUCCAGUCUUAAUUGCCAUAUCAUUCAUCAUUUCCUUGUUAUCAUUUAUAGUUCAGUUUGCCCAGCAUCAUCCUUCACUGGGAACUACAAAAGCAACAUCCAACUUCAACCUGGCGGCCUCUUGUCCUUCACCAUUUCUCAGUUAUCAUCUACUCAACAACAUUGUCAUUCAUCAACAAGAACAACAAAGGCUUUUAGUCCCAAACAAGUUGGGGUAGGCUAAAGUUGAAACCCAUAAAGAUAUCGAAACCUAGUCAUGGUUUUGGCACAUGGAUCUCAAAUGCCUUGUCAUUCAUCAUCGGUCCUUUUCUUUUCUCUCUUUUUUGCUUAGUAUAAUUUCUUCAGAAGAUAGUUCCUUACUCUCCCUAGUGUUUCCUCCAUCUUUACGUUUUUUAAGGUCCAAGCAAGCGACUAUGUGUUCGUCUCUUUCUAAGUUAUCUGUACAUUGGCAUUAGGCAAUAGUCUCAGUUUCUCUAUCCCACUCACUUUUCUUUCUCAACAUCCGUGGCUACAUAUAUUUCUUCUGUCAUUUCUUAGCCUUGUUUUUCUCCAUCUCUGUUUAUUGUCUUAUUUAUCUGUACCUUCAAGUGAAAUGAUAACAACUAGACCGCAAGUGCUAACCAAAUAAUUAUUUCAUAUUCAUAUAUUUAUACCAUAGUCAACCAACUAAGUAUAUAACAAUUGGAUUAAAUUUCUUUCUCUGUAUGACAAUACUUCUUUGAACAAUAGUUCUUCAGUCCCUUGGUUAUCUGUCUUAAAUUCUUAAUUAAGCUGGAAGGCUGACUUGAUUAUAAGUUAUCUAGUUAUUUAAAUAGUAUUUUUGAGAGCUAUAGCGAGCAGUUUGUUUUCUAGGACCAUGUCAAGCAGUUCUCAGUCAUAUAAAUAGUAUUUUCAGAGCUACAUUUGAGCAGUUAGGUUUUUAGGACCAUACCAAGCAGAAUUUCUUAUUUCUUUCUUCAGUGUCUGUUAUCUUUAGUUUCCCCUCCCCAGUUUUAAAUAUGUCCCUUUCUUCAAUCUAUAUUCAGUUUCUCAGUUUCUUUCUUCAGAGUUUUCCGUCUCUCUACAUCUUUCACUUCACUAUAGUCUUCAUUUUCUGUCUUCAUUCCCGCUCGUGCAGUUAUUUUGUAGCAUCUUAGGAUUCAUUCUUCAUUCGUCAGUCGUUCUUCUUCAGUUUUUCCCCUUUUGUUCUGUGUUACUUCAUUGUCUGUUGCAUCAUCUAGCUGAGAUGGUAGUGGAGAUAAUUUCUGUUGGCAAACCACUUAGGCGAACUCUCUGUUGCGAUUCUGCAAAUGCUGGCGAUGCGGAAGUGAAAAAGGUUAUGACUUUGAACCCAUGGAACUGUCCAUUCGACAUUGGAAACGCGCAACGUUCUGCAUGUUGUUGAGACCAAACUGCAGUUUUUAUGAAGUUUUUGGUGUUUUUUCUGCCUUAGUUUUCUAACCUUCACCCCUUGUUUGGUCGAUGGUUAAGUGCCGACUCUGCAUUUUUCUUGAAUGGAUGUUGUCUAGUUUACUGCAGGGCGCAUUUGCUGUUUAUGCAGAAUACAUUUAGAAAUAGUUUUCAUUUUUAACAAGGAUUCACUUAAUUGACCAUGGCGGUGGGGGCGUAGCGGGGUGAGCCAAUCCGGCGACGGCGCGUGGGUGGCCGUGCCAGGCUAGAGCCGGCGAAGGCGUGAUGGCUACGGUCGCGUCCGGCGACGAGGAGCGCAGGUGCGCUCGCCGGCGGCGUGAGGACGACGCAGGUGAGCCGAUUCAGCAACGGGGCGUCGCGGCUGAUUGUGGGGAUGGAGGCUGGGGCGGCUCGGCGGGCCUUGGGUCGGUCUGCAGCAGGCCCCUUGGUGCGGUCAAAGCAAUUGCAAGAGGGGCCAAAUUGCAAAUCUCAAAUAUGGCGGUUGUUUCUGCGGCAUCUGAUGAAAACCAGAUCCGACGACUACGUACGAAGGCGGUUGACGCGCGGAGAAAAAUCAGCUGGCUGACUCACGCAUUUAAAAAAAAGAAAAAAGAAAAUAAGGAACGUAAAUAAUAAUCCCGUAAUCUCCUCGCAAUCAUACCGAAUACAUCGCUCCAGACCGUUACGAUUUCGGAUCGUUCUCCUCGCCAUUACAGAUCACCUCGAGUACGUACUACACAUUAUAUUGCAGCCUCCCUCCUCCAUGGCUCCAAGCCAGCAGACCUGCCUAGAAGCCUGCAUCCAUCUGCAAAGCAUGAGGGGCCGCGACCUCACCGGCUCGCUGCCGGACGAGGUCCUGCAGCACGUGCUCUCCUUCCUGCCGUCGCGCGAAGCCGUCCAGACUUCCGUGCUCUCCCGGCGCUGGCGCCACCUCUGGAAAUCCACCCCUUCCGUCCGCGUCAGCGGCCGGGGAGACGGCUUUCGCCUCUUCGUCAACAGCCUGCUGCGCCACCGGAACGACGCCUCGCCGCUGCGCACCUUCGAGAUCGACGACCUCGUGAAAGCCCCCCAGCCGUCCACCAACUUCUUCUUCGACGACGACGUCGUCCCGGAAACCGAUCCCCACCCCGACGUCGACCUGUGGAUCAGGCACGCCUUGUCCACGUGCCGUGCCACCUCGCUCACGGCACUCUUCGACGAAGAGGGCUUGCUGCCAUGGCGUCCCCGUCCCCCUUUCUCCUUCACGUCCAGCCACCUCACGACCAUGCACCUCGAGUUCGUCGAGCUCGCCGACGGCCUCCUCGACUUCUCCCCCUGCCCGGCGCUCCUGCGGCUCAGCCUCAGCGGAUGCCGCCUCGACGGCGACGCCAUCGUCUCGCCCUCGCUGGAGCGCCUCAGCAUAAUCCGCUGCGACAUUCCGAUCGGCCGGAACACGGCCGGUCGGACCGCCACGAUGAGGAUCUCCACGCCGAACCUCCGUCAUCUGGAGAUAUCCGAUAGCUGUGACGGGGAACAGACACCUCCCUCCCUCGACAGCAUGCCUUUGUUGACGACGGCGAGCAUCCGGUUCACGGGCAGCACCCGGAUUUACCCCACCAAUGGUGACGCUUCCUUGCUUCUGCAUGGCUUGUCAGAGGCCACGACCUUGGAGCUUACGGCUUCGACUCCUGAUGGAAAGGCAAUCCUACAAGGUGACUUGAGAUGGUGCCCUACAUUCACCGAGUUAAAGACUUUGAUACUGAACGAGUGGUGUCUAUAUGACGAUGUAACUGCGCUCGCAUGCCUUCUGCGGCACACACCAGCACUAGAGAGUUUGCAACUUGAUUUCAAGAGCAGCGAUACACUCCAGGAGAAAAUAAAAGGAAGUUGUAUCAUAUUAAAAGAGUUAUUUCCUACGCUUGAAAACCUGAAGGCAGUGAAGAUCAGAAGGCACUGCUCAUAUUCUGACACAAAGAACCACGAAAUUUUGAAGUUGUUCCGUGAUUUGGGCAUACCUCGGUGUAAAGUUAAGUAUGCUCUGAACUUUGAAGCAGUGGAUGCCGCUAUGGAGGGGAAAAACGCAAGAGGGGGUCAAGAAGACGGUAGGAUGCAUCUCGGCUCAGAUUGCAUAACUGAAGCAGGAAUCGACGCUUCGCGAGGAUCCAAGCGGUGUAGGAUAGAACGUAGUCUGCUAUGAGGUUCUAUCCCUUUGAACCAAAGACUGAACGCGCCUUUGGAAACCACCAUACCCCUAUGCACCGAACUACUGGAAAAAUUCAUGUUUGCCUAGUGUCAGCGUCUUUGCCAAGUGCAUUUCGUCAGGGUGUUUGCCGAGUGUCAUCCAAAAAAUACUCGGCAAAAAAGCAAAACUCGGUAAACAGGUGCUUUGCCAAGUGUCGUGGACAAAACACUUGGCAAAACAGUGGAAUUUUUUCAAAAAGGUGCUUUCUUAAGCGCUACACUCAGCAAAAGGGCAUUUUUCUAGAGUGCUACACUCGGCAAAAAUGGGGUAUUUACCGAGCUGCACUGUUUUGGCUGUCGAGAUUGUGUAU